UCAUUUUCAAAACACUGCCCUGAAUAUUUCCUGACUCAGUGUCAUAACAAUAUUUACCAUACUCAGAUUUAGCACUCUUACCCACAACUGAGGAAUCAUGCCACUGGAAUGGCUUUUUGGGCGCAAGAAGACGCCAGAAGAGAUGCUGAGGCAGAACCAAAGAGCUCUGAACAAAGCGAUGAGGGAACUGGACAGAGAAAGAUCAAAGAUGGAACAACAGGAAAAGAAGGUCAUCGCAGACAUUAAAAACAUGGCCAAGAAGGGGCAGAUGGAUGCAGUAAAGGUCAUGGCCAAGGAUCUUGUGAGAACCAGGCGGUACGUGAAGAAGUUCAUCUUAAUGAGGGCUAACAUCCAAGCUGUGUCCUUGAAAAUCCAGACCCUGAAAUCUAACAACGCAAUGGCACAGGCUAUGAAGGGGGUCACUAAAGCCAUGAUGACGAUGAAUCGGCAGCUGAAGUUACCACAGAUUCAGAAGAUCAUGAUGGAGUUUGAGAAGCAGUCAGAGAUAAUGGACAUGAAGGAGGAAAUGAUGAACGAUGCCAUUGAUGACGCCAUGGGGGAUGAGGACGAUGAAGAGGAAAGUGAUGCUGUUGUCUCACAAGUCCUUGAUGAAUUAGGAUUGCAGCUAACUGAUCAACUCUCAGACAUCCCAGCUGCUGGAACAAGUUUAGGAGCAAAAACAGCAGAAAAACAACAGCCCCAGGCUGCAGGAGUCAGUGACGCCGACGCUGAUCUGGAGGCGCGGCUUGAGAACCUGAGGCGACAGUGAGAGGGCGUGGUUAAAUUAUGAUUGACAGAUGAAUGACUGAUCUGUGUGAAUGAAUUAUAACUGAGUGCAUGCGAUAGCAGUGUUUUAGUGAAACUCUGAGAAAGAGAUGUCGUGGAGUGAUUUUUCAUGGUAAAGAGAGGCAACCGUGGAUACCUAAAUACAGGAGGUGUCUUAUUUGAUCAUUGUGAUGGAAAAGGUGCAUUAGUUGUACACAUGUACAUAUAAUUCAUGUACCCUAUGUGUAGUUGAAAAUAUUAUAUACUUAAACAUACACAUAAUUAUUAUUAUGUUUUUUAAAGAUUGUUUUUCUUGUCAUUUGACAUAGAAGUAGAUGGGGUUUUUUUUUCCCGAAAAGUGAUAAGAUUUAAAUUUUCUAUGUGAACAAUGUAAUAUGCUGUCAGUAGUUUAGAUUUUCUUGUACUUGCAUAUAACUUCAUAUUUUUUAUCAUUUCCUUCAUACAUGUAUUUGCAAUUUUUAGAAAGGCAUAUCUGUUAAACAUGUUUUGCUUAAAUAUUGAUAUUAAAAUAAUUCAACACCAUGGAAAUCUUCAAGAAAUCUUUAAAACAAAACUAUCUGAUAUACAUGUACAUGUAACUGAGUUGCCUCUUAUACCAGUGUAUGGUCUGAGAGCAAUAAACAAAGGAAUUAUUAAAAUAAAAAGUUUUGAUAUC